AUGUCGAUCCUGCACCUCAUACCGGUGGUCACGUCCACCGUGUCCCUAUGGUUCGCCUUUGACCAAUACUUCUUCCUCGGUAUCUUCCUGCACAAGGACGUCGAGCCGGGAGCCAAGCACGUACUCACCCCUUACUGGAACACGAUGUUCGACACCGGCCUUGGCCAUGUCAUCGCGCCCCUCGUCGGCACUAUAGCCUCUACCGUCGCGAUCCUCACCACCACCUCCACGGGGCUCCUCCGGGACAAGGGCUCCUGUUGGUGGUAUAUUGCCAGCGCCUUCUUUGCCGCUGGCCAUUUCGCCUUCGUCCCUGCCGUUCUGCCCAAGAUCAGGAGUCUGUCGAACGGAGGGCUGACGCCCGCGCUCCGACAGUGGAUGCGCGUACAUGUUACCCGCGCCAUCACCGUGGAUCUUUUCUGCUGGGUGGUUGCGCCUGAUGACGCGCGGACGCUCGGAGAAGUCAUUGGGAGGGCCAAAGUGUGCCUCAGCAGCGUUGUCUACGCCGUUGACGGAGACGCCAUCAUCCAGGCGUGCAUUGAACAGCGAACUGACUAUGUCGACUGCGCCGCGGUCCCCACCCUGAUUCGAGACUGGGUCGCCAAAUACCACAAACAAGCUGAGGCAAAUGGCGUUGCGUUGAUUCACUCUUGCGGAGCCAUGACGGGAGAAAUGGACCUUUUCGCCAUUCACGCCUGCCAGGAGAUUAAGCACAAAUGGUCGGCACAGAUGGGGAAGACGACGCCGCGGGCCGAUGAUCUCGACCCCAACGUGAGCGGCGGUACCAUGCGGACGAUGCUCUCAUUCGCAAGCGGAGGCCCGAAAGCCAUCGCCGCAGCCGGGCACCCGUCGUUGUUGACGCCACCUGCAACUCCCUACACGAACACCCUCGAGACGGUCCGCGGGAUUCACACGCACCCAGUGCUUGGACUGCUGACACUCUCCUCGCCCCCCCCCCCCCCCCCGGGCGACCAAGCUCGCACCCUCAUCAACAGAUCCUGGGGUCUUGUGGGCGGGCCCAAGAGCAGCUGGGGCCCCAACUUCCGGUACAACGAGUACGAGAGGGCUCAUUCAUACCUGGGCGCCGUUGUCAACCUGAUCCGCUGCUACGUCAUCCUCACCAUGUUCUCCUGGGUCCAGUAUCCCUGGUCCAGGGACUUGCUCAUGCGCUCCGCGCCGGACCUGGGCGCCGGACCGUCCGAGGAGCAGAUCAGGAGCUUGCCCUUCUCCGCGGCGGCUUUCGUCGAGGCUGACCCCGCUGUGGAGAAGAACCGUGGCAAGGGAUGUCUCAUCAAACUGAGGUACAAUGAGGGUAACUACCCCUUCGCUGCUAUGCUCAUGGCUCAGGCGGGAGCUACACUGCUGUACGACCGGAACCUCUCAGCGGGUAUCAAGGGCGGAUGCCUGACGGCUGGGGUCUUGGGCCCCGAUUUUGUGGAAGGGGCUAGGCAGGGUGGUCUCGAGAUUGAGACAACCAUGAUUGACAAUUUGCAGUACUAG